UUGAGUAUUAUGCAAGUUCCUUUAAUACAAGUGUAUAUUGGGUCAGCCAUGGCAUGAAAAGCCAAAGGGAUGUUGUGGAAUUGAGCGUUGAAAAGACACAAAAAAUAAACCAGAAUAUAUUCGAAGCUCGAUAAAAGAUCGCCUUAGAGCCUUUUUCAAACCUCAGUUCUGAUUCUCUCAUGUUAAACAACUCCAAGGUAAACAAGGGUGGUCUUUAAACAGCUAAUCAAGGCUAACUAACUCCCAGGCAGGAAGGAAACUUAAAGUAAUUAAGAAAUGAUGAUCCUGCCUGAACAUGUAUGAUAUGGUCGAGUUGAGAUCGCGUACGACACGAUAUUUCAAGACACUGGCACUUUACGCUGGUGCAAUAUCCUUAUUUACGCAGUCCAUUUAAAAUCCGGUCGCUGAUUAUAUAAAGAGCAGAUUUAUCGCUACUCGUAAGCAGAAACGAUUACACACACACAGACACUCUUGUGAAAGGCACUUAAAGGGGAUUCCUGAAGAAAAACGACCACGUAGAGAGACGGGGAAAAACAAGUCAACGAGUAAACUUUAUCACAACUUUCAAACGAAAACACAACAUUCAAGAUGCCAGUAACCAGCAGUCAACCAUUGGAAAACUCCAUUGAACUAACAGAAAGCAUGUCGCCUUCACAAUUAUCUUACUACAGAGAUCUUCAGUCGUCGUCUUUGGGCUAUACAUGGCCAUAUACAGACUCGAGUCUUCACUACCGCUUCCAACCGUUGGCAAUCAAUCCAGCAUUUGUACAUCUCGCCCAAAGAGAAGCCUUGACCAGAGCUUUUCUCAGCCUCUACGACCAGCGAGGGCUGUUGGAGGGAUUCAAAGCGAGCAGUUACACGCCUCCAAGUCGCGAUGAAGAAAAGCCAAAACAAUCCUACGUUCGACUCAUCGGGGAAGCCAUCUUGAACUCUCCUGAAAAGAAACUGGUUCUCAGCGAGAUUUACAAAACCAUCCAAACGAAAUACCCCUAUUUCAAGAACCGUGGUAGCGGUUGGAAGAACAGCAUACGACAUAACUUGAGUCUAAACGAUUGCUUCGUAAAACUGGGCCGCAGUCCGAAUGGAAAGGGACACUUUUGGACGCUAAGUCCACAACAUUACGAAGAGUUUCUACGUGGCUCCUCACAUCAGAGGAAAUUCCAGAAGAAAGCUGCCCCGAAGUUUUGUUAUUACCCGAGUGAAGUGUUUCAUUUCAACAAUUACGCCAUGGUCGAGAGCCCACCGCGAACAGCAGAAUCUUCGGAGCGGGAAAACGAUAGUCCAUCUCGCUAUGGACUGGUCGAAAGCCCAGAGACUGUGAUACAGAGUACUGGCACAAGAUUUGUCGAGAGGCAGCACAGCUCAGGAGACUACUCUAGAAUGGAAAGCCCAGAACGCUUGGAUAAUAGUCCAAGAUCCGUAGCAGAAUCCGACGUCGAGGGAAGAACCGUGAUUCAUAUUCCUGGUGAUCAGAUCGAGGUGAAACAUGAAGUCAUCAUAAGCAGUGAAGAUGAAAUCGAAGAGAAAUCUCUGACAAGACGACCUUUUGAUGUCGAGAACUUGUUAGCUAAACGACCUGCGAGCUGCUAAGAACUGGAAUGCUCCAUAGCAAAGAACUGUAUGCAUUGUUUGUGUUUGAACUCGCCUAUUAAGAUUUAAGACCAUUCAACGUAUAUCGUUGUUUUGAUGAAAACGAUAAAGGUCUUUCCGUUAGCUGAAGGCUGUCUCCAUUAAGAACUGAGUAGCUUAAAUUGUUUUCAAUUUCCUUGCAAGUUCAGCAACGAAUCAAUGUAGUUUAUCGUAAGAUAUGCCUCAGUGGCACUUGCCAUGGACAACAACGAAGAGUUAAAGACUUUUAUUAACAUUAAAAUAUUUAUAUAAAUAUCGAAAUUUGUAAAGUAUAUAAUCACAACAUAGCGAUAAGCGAAUUGUUGUCAAAGAUAUAUUAUAAGUUAUAUGACAUUUAUAUCAUAAGAUUUUAUA